CUCUCAAAUUUGUACAAACUUUAAUUAUUGAAACUAAGUGGUUUGUGUUGACGUUGGUAUGUGUAUUUAGCAAUUAACUCGUUCAUUAUUUAAGGUUAAUUGCUAUUCUGGUCCUUUGCAUUAGGGCUUGGCUUUGGCCGGUAUAAAUAUAGAGAGAGUGGCCGAGUUGUAUGUAAGGAUUUUGGUGGCUGAUAACCUAAUAAGACAGACUCGAGAGACUCCCUCUUCGUGGACUAGUCUCGAUUAUUCUAGUUGAGAAAAUCACGUAAAUCGUGUGCGUGUUCAAAUUUUCUGGCAGUUUGCGUAUAGUUUCAUAGUUUGGUCAUUAACCGAAACUGAAUUCUUGCCAGGCAAAAUAUGAUUUAGUCAUCGUUGGAUGAGUGACGCGUGCUUGUUGGAUUGGUUGAGCUGGAGUACUAUUGACCACACAAUCUAUCUGUAGAAAUACAUAAUUCCAUUGGCCGGCCCGGUGAUCAUCACCAUCCAUUUCGUCGGUUGCCUCUGUUGGUGAGAUCGUAGAGUCACCAAUUCACGAUGCAAUGCUAGCUUUCACCAUUGAGCCAUUCUACUCUCUUCUAAAACAUUGGUGGUUCCAAUAAAAGUUAAAUUUGUACCAAAAGUUAAAUGUGCAAGUUACUAUAAAAACAUUUGUACAUUUAUGUACCAUGUACCAAAUGUAAUUAAAGUCAUUGACAAGUAAGACAAAAAAUUUGCUAGCUAUUUAUUUAUAAAUAAAUUCGGUGAGCCAAUGUAUAAUCGAUCUAUUUAGCUGAGUAAUAAGUAAUAACUAUAUAUAAGUAGUACUUCGAAGCAAGAAAGGGAGAACCAUUUCGAUGGAGUAUGAAGACUUGCAACCAAAUUAUUCGUGUAGACUGACUAACGGAGCUUAGUCCCUCGAUCUCUCUGUGUACUUUUUUCCUCUUAUGCCAAAGAAGAUGACGAAGAAGACGAAAGGUAGAGAAACCAUUACAUAUAUCUCAAUAUACAUAUUCGCUCCGUGACAUUUCGAAUAAUUAUCAUGAAGUACGGGUUUGAGUAGGUCUGGACAUUUUCUGUUUAAUGAUUAUUCACCUUCAUAAAAAAAAUCUACUAAAAUGGGUUAAGUCGAAAUUGCUAUCUCUAAUCUAAUAACGUGUUGCAGAAGGCCCGAGCUCUUUGUAAAUAAAUUCGAACAUAUCAUUCUUUAAUUUGCAUAACAAACGAAGUUUGGCUAGUUUCCCCAUCUCAUACAUAAUUCUCAAGUCAAGAAUACAUACAAUAAAGGCAAGCGGUGCUGCUUUGGCUCUUGUAGUAUAAAUAAGUUGUCUCCCAGGCUAAAUUAAAUAGCUACUCAUCAUAAAUCAGUAUCAAUUGAGCCCCAGAAGAAUGGCGAUUUUACUACUAGCUUUUCUCUUCUUCACAUCUCUUUGGCUCUCCAUAGUAGCAUUUAUAGCCAAGAAGAAAAGCUGUUAUUCCGCCGUUGAAUGGCCGGUGGUGGGCAUGCUUCCGGCCCUCCUUUGUAACGCAACCACUGAUCUCCACGGUUUCAUCACUCGACUCGUCAAAGAAAGCGGCGGCACGUUCGUGUUCAAAGGCCCCUGCUUCGCCAACCUGGACUUCGUCGUCACCAGCGAUCCGAUGAAUGCCCACCACGUCUUUAGCAAGAACUUUGCCAACUAUGGGAAGGGUGAGGAUUUCAAAGCGAUGUUCGAGGAGCUUUUCGGAGAAGGGAUCGUCAACUCCGAUGGGGAAUCGUGGAGGUUUCAACGGCAGAGGAUCCAUUCCUUGUUGAGCAAACAAGGGUUCGAAAACUACGUUAUGAAAACCCUUCAUCAGAAGAUGGAGGGCACCUUGUUCCGAGUCCUUGAUGAUGCUUGUAAUUCGACGCGAGGGCUUGGAACUGUUGAGGUGGACAUACAGGACGUGGUGAGCAGGUUCAUGUUCGACAACAUAUGCAUGUGGGUCUUGGGAUUCGAUCCAGGUUACCUUUGUGUUGACAGGCAAUUAAGUACCUUCUCAUGCGGCAAAGCAUUUGAUGAAAUCGAGGAGGCGAUCAUAUACCGACAUAUCGUCCCCAGAAGUAUAUGGGAACUUCAAAAAAGGUUUGGGAUUGGAUCAGAGAAGAAGAUUAGUCAAAGUACUAAGGUCUUGGACGAGUUCUUAUACGAUGUCGUGAAGACCAAGAAACAAGAGUUGCACAAAGAAGAGCAACAUCAACAACUUGACUUGCUAACACAAUGGUUGGUAGCGGACGAGAAAGGAGAAAGUUCAGAUAAAUUUCUAAGAGACAUUGGAGUGACAUUAGUUGCAGCUGGGAGAGACACCGUGUCUUCCGCUCUAACUUGGUUGCUUUGGUUGGUCGCAACCCAUCCCGAGGUUGAGAGAAAGAUUCUCGAGGAGAUUGAGCGAGUAGUGACAACGGCUACACGACGACCAACUCCUGGAGAAGGAUUAGGUGUUUUGCUUAUUAGUAACGACGAUAUGAAUAGGCUUGUGUAUCUCCAUGCAACAAUUUGCGAAACAUUGAGGUUGUACCCACCCGCGCCAUUCGAGCUUAGAUGUGCUAUUGAAGAUGAUGUGCUACCUAGCGACCAUUGCAUUCAUAAGGGCACUAGAGUUUUGUUCUCCAUAUACUCCAUGGGGAGGAUGGAAGAGAUAUGGGGAAAAGAUUGCUUGGAGUUCAAGCCUCAAAGAUGGAUUUCUAAACAAGGGGGCAUAAUUCACGUUCCGUCGUACAAGUUUAUGAUUUUUUUGACAGGGCCAAGGUCGUGCUUGGGGAAGAUGUUGUCUUUUAUGCAACUCAAGUUCAUGAUUAGUAGUCUUCUAUGGAACUACAAGUUUGAUAUGGUAGAGGGUCAACUUGUGAAGCCACUUGCUUCUAUUAUGUUGCCAAUGGAAAACGGCUUGAAGAUGAAAGUUUUCAAGAGAGAUGUUUAGUAUAUUCUUCCUAACAAUUGUGGAAUGUAAUACAUAUUCGUGUGAGUUGGAUUUCUUUCAAAAUAACAUGGUAAUAUAUUAUUAUUGUAGUAUACAACAAAUACACGUUAACAUGUGAUAUGAGUAGAUGACUAAUGAUUCAAUAUUUUAGGAUUAGAUCACAAAAUCAACAUCUAAAGUGUUUUUCAGAAUUUUGUGGAUGCAAUAUACAUAGAUUCUUUAUUAUUGAUCCCCUUUUUCACUAAGUUACUUGCUUUAAGGGAUGCUAUGGUUUGCUGUUUAAUAUAGGCUGGGAAAAUAGAACAAACCAUUUGAAAAAUUAUAGACCAAACCGGAUCGUUAAAAAUGGUCUACCGUCAUAUAUAUGUCAUCACAUACACUAGUAUUGUUUGCUCAUUGAUUUGAUAAUAUAAAACAACCAACCAAGAAUCCUAAUUUACCCAUCUUUCAUUGAAAAUAUGUCGUGGUAGUUAGGUGAUAGCUUAACAAUAACAUGACCCUCUACCAUAUCAAAUUAACAUCUAGCACCACAAAAGAGCCCACAUAUAACGAGAGAGGCUAAUGGAAAAAAGAGAGUAAUAUAUACUAAUAAUUGAAAAACGUGUACAAGUAACUAUCUUUGUCAACUUCAUUUUCCUCAUUAAGCAUAAAGUAUGAGUUGUCAAAUAGUACCGCAAUCAGAGAUUAAUAAUUAAAUGUAGUAAUUACUUACAUGAAUUAAAAAAAAGAAUCAUAAUAUUUUAUCCAAAUAUCUUAUGUACUUCAAUUUCUAUGGUUGGGAAAGGGUAAAUUAGAGGUACAUAUCGUUAGAUGGGCAGUGAGAACUAUUGUUCAAUAAAUCCUCUCAGACGAAAUUUUUUCCUUUUAUAAUGUUUGAAAAACAGGUCCAUGCAUAUAUUAUAUUUCUACCACAUUUCACUUUAUUAUUGACAAAAUCAGGUUCAUAUAAUAAUGUUUGAAAAACAGGUCUAUAUAUUAAUAAUGUAUUAACAAAAUAAAAGUAAAACAGACAUUACUUGCCCAAUAAAAUAUGAUCCAGAUAUUUGCUGGACGUGGACGAUCGGCCACAAAAUCAAUCUAUAUAAUUAAUUCCAUUGCCCUAGGGCCUAGGGUGAUCAUCACCGUACCAUCCAUUUCGUCGGUGAGAUCAAAUCGUAGAUUCGUCAUGCAAUGCUAGCUUUCAACGUUUUUCACGAAUACAUGCACCAUAAAUUUGUUGGUCACCGGAGAGCUUAAUUAGGACAUGUCCUUGUCGGUACAGGCACGUCAGAAGACUGAGAGGGAAUAUGAAAAUACGUCACGAUUGUUUAUACAAAUUGUAAUAAGUUGUAUUAAUCAACAAGUUAGUUCGUUUUUAUUAAUGAAUUACUUGAAUAUUU